AUGACAAUGCCUACAAGCUAUAAUACAUUCACAAACAAUUAUGGUUAUGGAUUGUUUGGACUUGGCCCUAACAAUGCUGGUUUUGACGGAUUCGGUUUUUGGCGUGAUAAGUUCCAAAACAGCGGCUUACCUCCACUUUAUACAUGGCAGUCUCAUAGAAAUUAUUAUGGCGAAUUUGCUGUUCAUAAAAAUCGUUAUGGUAAUCAAGCACCUGUUAGUUUGGAAGAACUUAGACAAGAACGAUACGGACCUUUUUACAAUGGAGUUUGGGGAUUUAAAAAUCAUUCACCUUAUUGGUUUGGAUAA